AUGUACUGCGUGUCUCGGCUGUGCUUGCGCCAGGGAGGGCGGCAGUGGAUGCAACAGCAAGCCCGAGAUCCCUUCGUUGCGGAGGCGCGCCGGCGCGGGUACGUUGCCCGCAGCGCCUUUAAGCUGCUCGACAUGGAUGACAAGUUCGGCCUCUUCUCCCGCAAUCACACUCGCGUUGUGGUGGACGUUGGCUGCAGUCCUGGCAGCUGGUUGCAGGUGGUGCGUGAGCGUUGCGGCGAGGGCUGUGCGCUCUUCGGGGUCGACAUGUUGCGCGUGUCCACCACUGUGGUGGGUGCUGUCUGCAUCCAGGGAGACUUCACGAGCGAGCUGGUGCAGCAGGAACUUCUCGCGCGCAUGGCAAGUGUCAAUGCCACCGGGAAGGUGGAUGUGGUGAUGUCGGACAUGUGUCUCAACAGAGGGACCGGGGGCACCGACGACCGGCAGAAGCAAAUGCAGCUCAACAUGCAGGCAUUCGCCUUCGCCACAGCGCAGCUGGCGCCGGGUGGUCACUUUGUGUGCAAGGUGCUCGGCUCCCCCAGCGCGUACGAGCAGCUGCAGGACGAGACGCGGCGGUGGUUUGUGAAGACGGCACUCUGCAAGCCGUCUUCGAGCCGCCGUGGUAGCGAUGAAUCGUUUCUAGUGUGUCUCUCAAGACGAGAAACCCCACGGCCGCGAGGCAGCAGUGAUAAGUGUGACCGCGGCUUCGGGCUCGACGACUGGCCGGGGCUCCUCCGAAGACCGCGGCGACGGUGA